ACACGUAAAGAAACGAUACCGCGAGCACGAAUCGCACACAUGUGCUCUUUCGCCGCGCGUGCUAUAUAAAUAAUACUUCGCGCUAAGUCAGAUCAGUCGACUUGCGGCGGCCGUACCUGUCACAAACUACGAAAUGCAACGGACCUUUAGAGAUUAAAUCUCCUCGCGAUCGUUCGAUUUUCAGUUCAUCCACAUAUUUCCCUUUCUAUCUCUUUCUCUUUUUCUCAGUUUCCCGUCAACCCUCUCAACUCCUAUUCAACUCGCAUCUUCAUUAUUUAUCAUAUGCGAGUUCACCCCUCGGCGAGAGCUUAACUACUUGUAUAUUGUGUUCCAUCUCCUCCAGAAUGUCGCAUGACAAUCUAGGAUUUACAUCGAGCACGGUUGCUUUGCAGGAUUUUAGAAAAUCUUCGUCAUCUAAGGGACACCAAAAUGGUUAUGGAUCGAGUGAGAAAAAUGAUAGUGUUUACACUCUGGAACUGGAAGAAAAGAGGAAUAUAGAUGAGCAGGACGAUUAUGACCCAUACGAUUAUAGGGAAGUGGAGCAUCCAACUACAAAUGCGGAAACAUUGCUUCACCUGCUAAAAGGUAGCUUAGGCACCGGAAUUCUCGCGAUGCCAAGAGCUUUCCAUAAUGCCGGAUACGCUAUCGGUUUGGUAGCCACGAUCAUCAUAGGACUACUUUGUACAUACUGUAUGCGAAUACUCGUUCUCUCAGAGUACGAAUUAUGCAAGAGGAGAAGAAUACCGUCCUUGACGUAUCCGGCAACUGCGGAAUCUGCUCUGCUCGAAGGACCGGUGCCCCUCAGGCGGUUUUCUAAAGCUUCUGUACAUAUAAUAAAUACCUUCCUGAUGAUAUAUCAGAUGGGCACUUGUUGCGUCUAUAUCGUUUUCAUAUCCAGUAAUCUACAGACGGCAUUAAGCGCAUUUAUUUCAUGGAAGUUGGAGGUAUACAUGGCGAUUGUACUGUUCCCCUUGAUCUUGGUUAAUUACAUCAGGAAUCUUAAAUUCCUGGCACCAUUCUCGACAAUCGCGAAUAUUAUCAUGUUCGCUGGAUUCGCGAUCAUACUUUAUUAUAUUUUCCGAGAGCCGUUGACGUUCGAGAAUCGCGUGACAGUUGGAGAGGUCAAGAACUUUCCGCUCUUCUUCGGCACCGUUCUGUUCGCUCUCGAAUCUAUCGGCGUAAUUAUGCCGCUGGAAAACGAGAUGAAAAAUCCGAAAUCCUUUAUGAAACCAUUCGGCGUGCUCAACAUCGCUAUGAGCAUUAUAGUCACAAUGUAUGCCACUUUGGGAUUCUUUGGGUACAUACGCUUUGGUAAAGAUAUUGACGGUAGUAUCACGCUCAAUCUACCUACCCAAGAGAAUCUGGGAAUCGCGGUACAAAUCCUUCUCGCCAUUGCCAUUUUCUUUACGCAUCCUAUUCAGUGUUAUGUCGCCAUCGAUAUAUCAUGGGAAUACAUCAGUCCUUAUUUUGAGAAGUAUCGCUAUAAGACGCUUUGGGAAUAUGUGGUCAGGACUGUCAUUAUUUUGAUUACUUUUGCUCUGGCGAUCACGAUCCCGGAGUUGGAUCUUUUUAUAUCUCUAUUCGGUGCAUUCUGCCUGUCGGGUUUGGGACUGGCAUUUCCGGCCAUCAUACAAUUGUGCGCCUUCUGGAAGGUGAUGGGACCUACGGAGAAGAAGAUUAUGCUGGCGAAAAACAUAUGUUUGAUACUAAUCGGCACGUUAGGCCUGAUCGUGGGGACUUAUACGAGUCUCCGUGACAUCAUCGCCAAGUUUUCGUGAAGUGUCAGCUCGAUGAAUUGUGCAAUAAAAUUGCCAAAAGAAAGGAAGAGAGGUGGGAGGUAGGAGGAUAGCGAACAGAAACCGUUCUCGAAUGCGAGAAACGAAUCAACGAUGUGAUAUGUAGUUUGAAGUCGCUAAAAGUAAGUGUACCUAUAAAUAGUAGCGCAUUUAGAGGCUUCGGGUCGAGAGGGACCGAAAUAACGUGUAUACGGCUCCGCUGUAACAACACUUCAGUUUCAUCGAGGACAGAAUGAAGUUCCUGAAUGCAUGUGUAAGUUUCAAUAUAUGCAAAUACUGUGUGCGAAUAGACGGAUUGUAACGAGACGCGAUCGAAUCCUCGAAAUGUUAGAUAUUAGCGUCAGUAUUAGAGAUCAGCGUAAGCUAGAGGUUUUAUUGUAUUAUAAAUAAAGUAUAAUUUUAUUUUCAUACACA